GAGGAACUUCCUCGAACUUCCUCUUCUUUCUUUUAUUUCUUCUAGAGUGCGUGAGAAAGUAGAAAGCAUAUCUUUGCUAAAACUUUCAAAUGGUUAUAACUUAUGAAUACCAACACACCAUUUUGAAUCGCAAUUCUUUCAAACUGUCUCUCUCUCUCUCUCUCUCUCUCUACCAAUUCAAUUAUGUCAAUCUCCCAGAAUUUUUUGUCCUGGAUCAAUAUGCAGAAGCACUAAAUUGAUACAAAUAUUUUCUUGUCGGAUAACUAUAUAUUGUUAGAGCAGCAAGCUGAAAACACUUCCAUUUCAAUGGCUUCAACUUCAACUUCUUCAUCCUCUUCUCGAAGCUCAUCCAUCUUGGAUGAUCCAUCAAAUCCUCUGUACCUGCACCAUGAAGAAAGCCCUGGUGCUAUGCUUGUGUAUCAACCUCUCAUGGGAGAGAAUUACCCAACUUGGGCGAGAUCAAUGCGAAUGGCAUUGAUUGCCAAGAACAAGUUGGGGUUUAUUGAUGGCACAUUCACUCUCUCAUCUCCAAUGGUCAAAACACCAUCAACAAUUCAAGCUUGGAUUCGCUGCAACAAAAUGGUUGCUUCAUGGAUCCUCAAUUCUGUUUCUCAAGAAAUUGCUACAAGUAUAAUCUAUAGGGACACUGCUCUUGAAAUCUGGAACAAUCUGAAGGAGAGACUUUCACAAGGAAAUGGACCACAGAUUUUUCAAUUACAGAAGGAUAUUGUUGGUAUUACUCAAGGAAAAUCAUCAAUGACUUCAUAUUUCACUCAAUUGAAGGUUUUAUGGGAUGAAUUGCAAAGUGUUCGACCUUUUCCAGUGUGUUCUUGUGGAUCUUGCACGUGCAACUUAGGUCAAAAACUCAGUGAUCUUCAACAUCAAGAUUUAGUGAUGCAAUUCUUAAUGGGUCUUAAUGAAUCCUGUUCUCAAGUUAGCGCACAAAUUCUGUUGAUGGAUCCUCUCCCAUCCAUCAAUGAACUGUACUCUUUAUUGAUUCAAGAAGAAAGGGAAUGCAGUGUGGAAAAAAAUUUAGAUCUUGCAGGAAACAACAAUAACAAGAACUCUAAGGGGAAAAACAAUUCCACCUGCAAUCACUGUGGAGUGAUGGGUCACACUGUUGAGAAGUGUUACAAUAUCUAUGGCUACCCUCCUAGCUUCAAGCCAAAGGGAAAGAAGUCCACUGUGGUACACCAAGUCAAUCUUCAAGAUGAACAAGUUGAAAAGAAUUCUACUUCUGCCUCUACUUCAUUUUCAUUCACUCAAGAGAAAUGCCAACAAUCCUUGGCUAUGUUGGGAACUCAAAUUCAGUCAGGCAAUUUUGAUUUUGCUAAUAAUGAAGUUCACAUGGCCAACAAUGUAACUCAGCCAGCCACUCAGUCCACUUUUAUGGCAGAAUUUGUUGCCAACAACAGCUCAGACCCUUGCAGUUGGAAAAGGAAUGCAACAGCAAACUUUAUUCCAAACUUCCCUAGGCAGCUUUCCAUUGCAUCACUCUUCCCAGCCUACCACUCUGACACUGAAACUGAUGCUAGUUCAGAAUCCAACGAAAUACCUCCAAAAUUAGCUCCUUAUUCCAAUUCCAUAAUGUCAUCCUUCCCACCAGCUAGGUCUCAAUCAGACAGUAGUAAUUCUGAAAGCCCCAUACACCCAAUCCGAAAAGUUACCUUCAAAGACUUGUUUGAGUUUCGUAAGUGGAAGAGCAGUAAUAGUGCAGAAUCUAAUGGAGCACCUCCAAAAUUCUCUCAUUCCAAAAAAAAAUCCAUUCUGUCAUUCUUUUCCACUGCCAAGUCACGAACAAACAAUUCCAAAAAUGAUAAGACAACUCAGAUAAUUCCUAGACGCACACUCCUAACAACAAGCUUCAAAGACUUGAUAGGAAUUGUGGGUAAGAAAGAAUUUCCUUUGCAAAUGCUACUUGAAGCCACCAACCACUUCUCAGAAGAUCACAAGAUUGGAACAGGUAGCUUUGGCUCAGUCUACCGGGCCACUUUAAAUGAUGGCGGAGUAGUGGCUAUUAAGCGAGCUGAAAUUUCAAAGUCUAAACCAUAUGAAUCAUAUGUGAACGAUUGCGAGUACCAUGACAAUGAUUUCCUAAGUGAAUUGGAAGCUUUGUCCCGCCUUAGUCACAAGAAUCUUGUUCGCUUAUUGGGAUUUUGUGAGGAUGAUAAUGAGUAUGUAUUGGUCUUUGAUUACAUGAGAAAUGGUAUCCUUCAUGACCAUCUUCAUAAGCUUCCAAGUACUCCUCUAAUGUCAUGGGUUACCCGGAUUAAAGUGGCACUAGACAUAGCUAGAGGCAUUGAGUACCUGCAUGUAUAUGCAGUUCCACCAAUCAUACACUGCAAUAUCAAGUCGUCUAACAUAUUAUUAGAUGCCACAUGGACUGCCAAGGUGACUGAUUUCGGCCUAUCUUUGAAGGCCCCCAUGGACACUGAGUCACCCCUUUCACUUCUUGCGGCAGACACUGUUGGUUACAUGGACCCUGAGUACUAUAGGCUUCAACAAUUGACCACUAAAAGUGAUGUGUACGGGUUUGGAGUAGUAUUGCUAGAAAUGUUGUCCGGGUACAACGCAAUUCAUUCGGAUGAAAAUGGUGUGCCACGGAAUGUCGUUGAUUUUGUAGCGCCAUACAUCGUCCAAGGUGAAAUUCAGAAGGUUUUGGACCCAAAAGUACCACCACCCACCCCAUUUGAAAUAGAGGCAGUGGUAUAUGUUGGGUACCUAGCAGUAGAUUGUGUAAGUCCUGAAGGUUUAAAUCGCCCCUCAAUGACUGAGAUUGUAAAAAGCCUACAAAGAGCCUUGGAUGCAUGUUUGGAUCUAGAUGCUGAAUAGUGUUCAUUUCACGAUUAGUUUAACUGUAGUUAAACCAACUGAACGUUAACAUUAAUGUUAGGUGGCGUGGUAGAUGGAUGUGUUUGUGGCAUUCCUCGCAGUGGAGGUGAUGAAGCUACCGGCCAAAUAUAAAUAACUUGACAUUAAUAGUUUUCAUCUGUUUAUGAUAAUUCUGAAUCCUAAUGCAAUCUUGAAUGUUAAUGAAUUUUUCUUUUGGUA